CACUCCCGGUCAACUGUCAUAACUCAUGAUUGAUAAAAUUAUCAGGUUAUCAUUGGUUUGAUUCCAGAUAUCAAAUUAAUUUCUCAAAAUAUUCAGAACAAUGGCUGAAAUUGAUGAAUUAGAUGUUAAUCCUUUCUUUAGGUCAUUACAGACUACACAUAAAAACCUGUACAAAGAAGUCCAAGAUAAUGGUUACAUACUAUGUGUUCCACAGACAACAUCACUCAUGGAGUCGACAUUUUCUGUCAAAUUUAUAGCAAGUCAUAUAUUAAAGCCAUCCCCAUACUUCAAAGGAGAAUAUUUUUUGUUGUCCAGUGACAAAAUAUCAGUUCAUCUAGAUGAAAAAAGAAGAGAAUUUGUGACUGGUGAAGGUUACGAAGGAAAACAUCAUAUCAAAAUAAUCAAUGAAGAACAAGGAUACAGUCAGGAUUACAAACCAUUCAGAAUUCUAGUUAUAGAGAAGCCAUUUGAUUCAAUGUAUAGGACUUCCAAUAACCAGAAACGAAAUAGUAUUGAAAUAUCCCCACAGAAGAUAACUUUUGCAGAGUGUAAAGAAUUCUUACAAUCUUUUGGUGAAUAUAAAAUAGUUCUACGACAUUUGGAAGAUAGUGUCAAUCAAUUCAAUACAAGUUACAUGGUUUUAGAAGAUUAUUUAGACGAUGCUUUGGAAAAACUUCAAUCUAUAGCUUUAAAUGCUACUGAGAAAUGUUUCAAAUGUAGUAAACACAAACUUUGGCAAGACAUGUCAUUUAGAGACGACCUUAGUUCCUGUAUAGAAAGUUAUAUAAUGGGAAAUGUUCACCAAACUAUUUUCAAAGUGCUUCACAAGAAAUUUGCUACAGAUGAUGAGAAAUUAUUAAAGAAAUGUAAACAAUUACAAGACGUGAAAGUGGAACAGCUAGGUGUGCCACCAGAAUUCUCCUGUCCUUUACCUUUAGCGGUUGUUGAAAUGGCUAAUCUUGGUGGGCUAAAAACUCCACAUGAAAAAUUGAGUUGUUUAAAGGCCACUGUGGAUCAUAUAACAGGCACUAUACAGAAUUUUAUAAUAGAAAACCAACCACCUGGACUUACAAAUAUGCCAGUUAUAACUUCAGAUGAUCUCAUUCCUUUACUUGUUUCUGUCAUUGCUCAAGCCAAGUGUAUAGACUUAGCCAGUAAUAUGUUUUAUAUGGAAUUUUUCCACUGGACCACUCCAACUAAUGAUAGAGACAACUUAAGUUACUGUAUGGUCACAGUGAAGGCAGCUGUAGAAUAUAUGAAACAUGCAAACUUUGAUCAUUUACAGAACCCUAAAUCAAAAGUACAGAAAGAGAUCAGUAUAGAUGAUUUAAUGAAAAGAACUAGGGAUACUUCUUUAAAAGAUGACAUUAGAAAUGUAAAAGUAGAGACGGUUCAGGAGAGGUUCAGGAAGAACUCCAGUAGUAACAUUGAUAACAAACUAGAUUCCAUAUCAAAAGUCCUGGAGGAGUCAUCUGAAGAAUGGGCACAAACGAAGCAGAAAGGAGCUAAUAGUAUAUUUGGAGAGAGUUACCAGCAGCUAAAGAAAACUGUACCUGAUAUUGUUCCUCCUCAGGACCCCCGUAGAAAAAAUGACCAGUUGGGAGAUUUCUUGAGCUCAUUACAAGAUGACCCAUUUGAUAUGUCAUUUGGAAAACAGUCAUGACAGUUUUUGAUCAUUUAAAAAAGCAAUCUGUGAUAUUUACAAUUCUUUUUUUGUUAAUGCAUGUUAUAUAUGAAAUAUGAAUGAUUUUUUUUCAUACCAAUUUUUGUAAUACAGGGUAUAUGUAUAUUGUAGGUUAGUGAUUUACAUUGAAUUUUCGGCAUUGCUAUUUUGAAUUUUACUUAAUAUGUUAAAACAUAAAAUAUGAAUCAUUAAUUUGUCAUCAUGGUAAUGAAUUUUGGUAGAUGCAUUAGUUUAAUUUCUCUAAUUCUAUGGAAAUUUAUCCCUUUUGGAACCCAUUGUAUAAAAAAAUUUAAUCAACGUGUGGUUGCUGGUGAUCUCAGUAGAUCAUUGGAUGAUUUCAAGGAUCAUGACCUUUUUGGCUGACUGGAUGAACCAAAAUAUGAUAACAGGUGUUAAUGAAAUUGACAACUUCGUGCAAUGUGAAAGGCACUCGAAGGGGAUUUUCGGUAAACAAAAAAAGAAAAUGUCUUUUUAAUCAUUAGAGAAACAGAUUCUUAUAUAGUUACUCGUGGAUUAUCGGAUUUAUCCAAUCUCGAUAGUUAAAUUAUAAAUUUUAAAGUACUCGCCGAGGCGGCUCGAACUUUAAAAUUGAUAAUUUAACUAUCUUGAUUGGAUAAAUCCGAUAAUCCACUGGUAUCAAUGUAAGAAUCUAUAUUUAUCUAAUUAUUAGAUGAUUUAAAUUUCUGCUGCCAGUUAAUUUUAUUUUCAUAAUCACAGUUAAGAUUCACUUGAUCUCAGUUCUUCAUUAGUCAAUAAUUCUUAUAUGAUUUGCAUAUCUUUAAAUACAUGAAUUAGAUUGGUCAAUUAUAAUUUUUCACUUAGUUUACAAUUCGAUAAACAAUGUUUCCGAAAUUACUUUUGUAACUUUCACUGUGAUAUAUUCAUGCAGGAUACAGAUGCAUGCAGGAUCUAGGGAUUAUCAACAAAUUAAAACCUGGUUUACACAUCAAUAAUCUCUAGAAAAAAUGUGUUUAAUCCUAUAAUAUUCAAUUAUAAAGUCAAAUGUUUAUGCUUUUCUUUGAUUCAGCUUUUGUG